AUAUUUAGUCCUUCCUUUGAUAUCUCUGUUUUUGUUAUCGUUUAUUCCGCUACCAUCACCGAUCGACUCAAAUCCUGACAUCGAUUUGAUGACCGUAUGCCUAUCUGAUUGUUGUAGGAACAAUCAUUCUGGGUGCUCUUUCCGGCUUUGGUGAAAUGAGGAGUUGCUGGUUAUAUCUGCUCUCGCAGGAAAGGCCCACCCCAACGGAUAGAGACAUAGAAAUGAGCACUGCUGAGGUUGCUCGCAUUAGGGAAGACUUACGUGCGCGAAUGGACGAAGCGAAGAGGAAGGAUAAUAACGAGAAUGCGCCGUGGUAUUCACGCGUCGUCAAGAGUUUUGGCAGUGAUGAUAGUAUUUCUCGGGAAAUAUCUGGGCUUCAAGCACUCGAAUACCAAAUGGCCCUUUCGCUUGACGACAAGCGUGAGCGUCAAUGGGCCAAUCGUUUCAGUCGGACCCUUUACGGGUGUGCAUGGAAUCUCUGCGGCAAGGUGUUCGCAGUCUACUGCGUAAUCAGAAUUUUGAACGUAUGGGUUUUUUUUCCGGCGACUGGCUGCGGUGACCUUGACCUGGACUGGAUUAGUUAUAAUAGAGUACUCUUGCCCAUGAUGCACGGGAAUGUGCUGCUAACCUUCGUUUAACGCUUCCUCGGGUCACAUCUACCCCAGAUCCAUCUUUCUUCUCACUCGGUGCCGCGUGUUCUAGCGCUUGUUGUACCUGCCUCCACUGCUUCCUUUGCCCUUUGCACCGGCUCCAGCUUGGU